AUGAAAAAUCAAACGAUCGCAAAAUGCAUUGACUUGUAUCAGGCUUCUCCAGUGGACACUACUACAAUUAUCUUGCAUCUGGUACUAAUUCUAGGAGGACUGGUAUCCAAUAUAUCCCUUCAUUUCAUGUUUUCCGGUAGACCCAAAUUAGGCACGGCGAGUUUUGCCUACAUCCGAAUCAUUGGGAUGUUCCAGUUGGCAUUUUUCAUCACACCGUUUCCAUUGAAAAUUCUCACGGAUCAUUAUCAAGCGGGCCAAACCUGGAUUGCAGCCAAUUUCCUACCCGUACUACUGGCUCUUUUUCACUUUGUGAUCUCUACAUUAUGUCUAUGUUUCACUAUCAGAUUGUUACUACUUCUGAAUUGCAUUCGGAGAUGCCGUCGCUGGAGUUCUGUGUCCUGGGUGGCUUGGCAGAAAAUCUUCUGUCUCCUACCUUUCGGAACUAUUGUCAAUGUUCCACUUUGUUUUGAAUGGGUUAUCGACUAUGAGCAGUGUGUUUUUGGAAAAGAGCUAUAUGCAAUAGGAAGACCUCAUCUGUCAGAAGCUGCUCUUCAGAAUCAUAUAAAAACAGAUUUAAUCAGAAUCAUUCCAACAAUCAUUUUUUGGAUCACUGCAUUUUGUACCUUAGUUUUUUUUGCCGCUGAAAAGUGCAUUCUUCCGAAGCUAUCUAGCCCAUAUGCUGCCAAACACAUUCCCCUAUUCUCCAACCUCCAACCAUUGCUCAUCGCUUUCAUCUUGUCCCAUGCAACAGUUCAUGUCUACACUACUAUUCAUAUUUUAUAUGACUUAAAGAUUCCAGAUUCUACUAGGAACCAAAUGUUUGGGAUCUCCUACGCCCUCCCAUUCCCCAUCAUGCUGAUUAUCUCCAGAACGUUCCGGUCCCAUUUGUUCCAUCUAAUUAGCAAUUUCUUUGAAGGGUUGGCUCGACCUCCAAAAAUGCGGAAGGAUUCUACACUUCAGAAGAUGACGUCACAAAUUGCAAGGCAUAUGGCAUUUAGUAAAUUGGAAAUGGAGAAUUCGGAACUGGAUGAGAGAUUGUACAGUAAUCUGAAAGUGAACAAUAUGCGAUCUAUCCUCCGUGACGACGCUGUCUACCGUGUUCGUUUCGCCAUUCCCCAGCAAACUGUGCAAAUAAUUCAGGAGGAGGAUAAUUCUGAAAAUGAUAUCUCUAUUUUUAGUCGUGAAUGA